UUUCGUAGAUCUAUUUCUACAUUUUUGUCUGAGUUUAGCUACAUUCGCGUCGCUUUGAUUAUGUUUUCAUCUUGUUUAGAUUGAUAAUUGUUUAUGAAGGUUUAUCGUUUCUCUUUCUGAUCGAACGAUUGGAGCUUUGUUUCUUUUUAUUGACUUCUUCAUUUUGAAGGCAGGCUACGAUGAAGAAGGCCUUAGGCCAAGCUGUUAGAGACCUCAAGCGAGGAGUUAAUAAGAAAGUUCUUAAAGUUCCGGGAAUAGAGCAGAAGGUUCUUGAUGCCACCAGCAAUGAGCCCUGGGGUCCUCAUGGAUCACUUCUUGCAGAUAUUGCCAUGGCUACAAGAAAUCUUCACGAAUACCAGAUAAUCAUGGCAGUAAUCUGGAAACGUAUAAACGACACUGGAAAGAAUUGGCGUCAUGUUUACAAGGGUCUGACUGUUUUGGAGUACCUUGUUGCCCAUGGAUCAGAGCGUAUGAUAGAAGACAUAAGAGAACGUGCAUCUCAAAUAUCGAGUUUGUCCGACUUUCAGUAUAUUGAUUCCAGUGGAAGAGACCAGGGUAGCAAUAUCCGAAAAAAAUCUCAGAGCCUUGUAGCUCUAGUCACCAAUAAAGAAAGGAUAAUUGAAGUAAGACAAAAGGCUGCAGCUAACAGGGAUAAGUUACAAAACACACCAACAGGUGGAAUGCAUGGGCCAGGUUCUGGGGGACAGGGGGACAAAUAUGAUUAUGAUUAUCAAUAUGGUUAUGGAAAAGACAGGGAAUACGGUUAUAGAGAUGAUGAUCGGUAUGGUAGAUAUUCAGAUGCUAAUAGUCGUGACGGAGAUCGUUAUAGCAGAGAUUAUGAAGAUCGUAAUGCCAGAGAUGAUUACAGGUAUGAUGAGCACAGAGGUAAAACUAGAAACGUCGAUGGUAAUCAACAUGGCACAAGAAGUAGGAGCUCUGAUAGAGACCGUGCUUUUGAUGAUGAUGGUGCUUCAUCUCGGGGCAGCAGUGCUAGAGCUGAUAAUUACUCUCAAGAUGGAAGGCAGCAUGAGCAGAAGUUCUCUGAACAAAAAAAUGGUGCUCCUCCUUGUUAUGAAGAAGCAGUAAGUGAAUCUCGGAGUCCUGUCCAUGUUGAAAGGGAUGGAGAAACUUCAGUACCAGCUGCUUCCAGGUCGUCUUCUCCUGCCACCAAUAACUCUAACGAAGCAACCUCUGACUUUGGUAUUUCGGCAUCCCCAUCAAAUAAAAAUGUGGAGGCUUUCAAUGAACUUGAUUCACGUGUUUCAGAUUCAGCUGCACCCACUCCUGCUUCUACGCCUGGCCCCGCCCCACCCACUGCCGCUCCCACUGCUUCAACCAGUUCCGAAAUAGACUUACUUGGUGAUCUGUCAGAUUCAUGGGCCGUGGUGCCAACUAUACUUGAAACCUUUGCACCUGAGCUUGAUACCCAUGCUAAAUCUAGUGCUAUGCCCUCCUUUGCUGCCAAGCAAUCAACAUCCAACUCUGGAAAUCAGGGUUUUGAUGAUCCAUUUGGUGAUGGUCCUUUUAAAGCUUUCCCUUCGUCGGAUACUGCCUCAACUCAGCAACAAGUAUUAGUUUUCAUGACUACUAUGCAGCCUACAAUGAGCCAAAAUGCAGAAGCAACUCAGCCAUCUGUAAAAUCCGAGAUAGUCACAGAUUUCAGAUUUGGGGAGUCAUUCUCUGCCAAUGCUUAUUCUGCUCCCAUUUCCUCAAAUGGUCAACCUCAAGUGAAUUCACAAUUUUUGCCUCAAGAAUUGUCAGUUUCAUAUCAGGAAAAUGAUAUAUUGGUGGAUAUUCUUCCACCCUCUGGACCUGUAAAUGAUGCAGCUUCACAUACAGCCCUAUUUGCACCACCAGUAGCUACUUAUGGUCAAUUGGCACAGCCAGCUAUUUAUGGCCAGCAUGCACAAUCAGGUGAUAGCAUGUACCAACUCUCACAGCCAAGUACUAAUCCUUAUAGUCAGCCUGCGCAACCCAGUUCUGAUCCAUAUAGCCAAAACGAGCAGUCAAGUACUAAUCCAUAUGGCCAACCUGCACAGCCAGAUGCUAAUCCUUACAGCCAGCCUGCACAGCCGAAUGUUAAUCCUUACGACCUGCCUGCUCAGCCAAAUGCUAUUCCAUAUGGCCAGCCUGCUCAGUCAAAUGCUAAUCCGUACAGCCAGCCUACACAGCCCAGUGCUAAUAUAUACGACCAGCCUGUACAGCUAAGUGCUAAUCCAUAUGCUCAGCCCACACAGCCAAGUUCAAAUAAUGGAUAUGGUAAUUUUAUCCCCCAGUCUGUGUCUACUGUCACUCAAAUUCCGGGAUCUGCAGGACAGGGCAGCAAUGGGAGCUUAAUGGUAGGUUCUAAUCCUCCUGUCAGUUCACAAAUGGCUCCUCGACCUCAAAAUCCUACUGUACCCGCUGCUCAGUUCAACAGUGGAAAAUUUCUUUCACAGCAGGGCUCUGCUAUGCCAGUUGGUUCGCAGAGUGCCAGUCAAACCACAAAUGGAUCAGGUGCACAUAAUAACAAUGAUGUCGUGGGAGGCUUCCUUUCACAACCAGGAUCAAACACUUCAAUGGCACCACAGACAGCUCCUCCCUCAUCAACGGGAGCACUUGCUAGAGUUCCGCAACCAUCAAAGGAUAAAUUUGAGCCUAAGUCAGCAGUUUGGGCUAAUACAUUGAGCAGAGGACUGGUCAAUUUGAAUAUAUCCGGACCUAAAACAAACCCAUUGGCUGAUAUUGGAGUUGACUUUGAUGCUAUUAAUCGGAAGGAAAAGAGGUUAGAAAAGCCUGUCCAGACUGCUGUAACAAGUACUAUCACGAUGGGUAAAGCUAUGGGAUCCGGUUCUGGGAUGGGUCGUGCUGGGGCUAGUGCUCUAAGAGCACCAGCAAAUCCUAUGAUGGGUUCUGGUGUGGGUAUGGAAAGCGGAAUGGGUGCUGGAUCUGUCAGGGGCAUGGACAUGGGAGGGUAUGGCGGUAUGAAUCAACAACCAACGGGCAUGAAUCCAGGCAUGGGGAUGAAUAAUAUGGGUAUGAAUCCAGGCAUUGGGAUGAAUAACAUGGGCUUGUAUCCAGGCAUGGGGAUGAAUAAUAUGGGCAUGAACCCAGGCAUGAGGAUGAACAUGAUGAGCUCGGGCAUGGGGAUGAAUAUGGGAAUGGGGCAAAUAACUCACAUGCAAUCCCAAAGUGGAAUGCCCGGCAGUUACAACCCAAUGAUGGGUUCUGGUGGCUACUAUCAACAGCCACAUGGCGGUGGUGGUUACCGGUGAGAAAUCAUUGUGAGAUAAGAGUGACUGAAGUUGCCUGUGUGCUUGUGAGAGAAAAGAGGCUGCCACAGCAAAACCCAGAUGACAUGUCGCCAUUGAACACCAGCGUCAAGCUGUAAUUUUGAAGUCACACAUUCUAUCGGCAGUGGCCUGAUGCGAUCAAUGUUUGAUUCAUCUCCUAUUAUUUCUCA